GGUUCCAAAAGUGCUCGGCGUUUGAUUUUUAGUCGUCCUCAAAAGGAGCAGGGUACCAGUUCUUUUUACUCCCGAACUGCUGCCGCAAGACGACCUUUCAAUCCUGUUGAUAUGAAUGAUUUAUAUAUCCCUGAUUCUCCUGAACGAACUAUGAAUGAAAAUACUAUGACAUGGCAGCCUGGUGAAACGCUACCAGUGUCUAGAAGGCCUGGACCACAGCCAUUCUCAGCUGAGGCUCAACCUUCGCAAUCGACAAGCAUGAGUGAUAUUCAGAUCAUGCUUCAGUCGAUGCAAAGUUCCAUAGAAAAAAGUUUUGAUGAUGUGAAAGGGAGGCUUUCAGAUUUAGAGGCUCGAAUGACAGGUGUAGAGGAAAAGCAACAAGAGGUUGUUAACAUCCGAAUACACCUACUUCGUCCUCUUCAGAAAAUGAGCUCAGUCGUAAACGACGAAGCCCUCCUGAGCUUCAGUAUGAAGUUCGAAAGGUGCAUGGGUCUCUAAGUGAUGAUAACCAACUUAUUUUGGAAGAAAGGAUUGAUGGUAAACAUAACAAAGCUGUGAUUGCUAGCAUAAUCAAGGAGAUAGGAGAUUCUAAAUUUACAGAAAAGCAAAUGGAAGCUGCAGUGAAAUCGCACAUGAAAUAUCUAAGGGAUACUCGUCAUGUCCGUCCUCCAGCUGUUCAACAUAGAGUCAGAAUCCGAUCUCGACAACAAAGC